AGACAGGGACUGGCUUCGAGGACCGCCAUCUUGCUUACCCAGAACGCCCCGCGACGACGCCACGUGUCGCAGGCCGUGCCCGGAAACCGCGCAUGCGCCGAGUGGACAAAAGCCCCUCCGGAGCCGGCAACAGGCUCUCUACGAUAUCGUGUUGCAAAAAAAAAGCAAUCAAGCUUGAAGUCUGGUCAUUCUUCUUCGCCGGCUGCCCGCGACGCGACACGUUGCUUCACCAUCUUGGCAAAGAUCAAUCGAAGAUACAGACCGCAAGGGAUUUGUGGACAGGAACCUCAAAGCACCACAACGCUGGUGUGGGUGGGUUCACCAGCAGGCGACCUUUGAAUGUGGAGGAGGAGACGCUCGAGAAGGCGGCAGACCAACCCCAGGGAGAGCCCAAAAACGGGCUCAGUGAAGGGGUGAGAUUUGGAUAGACCCACCCGGAGACAGACCCACCUUCCAGUUGUUGAAGGAGCGGCCACAUAUUUUCUUUGUAUCUCAUCACAGCUGGAAAAGUGCAUCUGCUCUUUGUCUUAAAAUCUACUGGAACUGGUUUACUGAGGCCACACCAGCCUCUGUUCACUGGAGGUCAGUUCUUCAACCGCAUUGAUUGUGCGAGGAGUUCACUGUCUGACGCCUGACUUGAUGAAUCAUCAGAGAACUGAUAGCAGGGAGAUAUCGUUCCUCCGCUCUCAGUGUGGAAAGGGAUUCACUCGCUCAGCCGACCCGCAGACGCACAGCUGAGUUCGCUGUGGGGAGAGGCCACGUGUGGGAAGGGAUAUUCUCAGUCAUCCGGGCCGAAGAUACACCACAGAGAGAUGGUUCCCCCGUUGUGACUGCGGGAAGCGAUUCACUCUGCCAUCCACACGGAAGAUGCAUCAGUAAAUUCACACUGGUUAAGAGGCCCUUCACCUGUGUUUGGGAGGAGAUUCACUCACGCGGCCCGCCAACAGACAUUUCAUUGUUCACAAGAGCGAGAGCCUGUGUGGGAAAGGAUUCACUCCCUCAUCCAGUCAGACACCAGAGUUCACACUGGGGAGAGGCAGUUAACCUGCUCAGAGAGUAGGAAGGCUUUAAUUCGGUCAUUUUACGUGCAGACACACCAGCGAGUUCACAGUGCAGAGAUGACAUUUAUCUGUACAGUGUGUGGGAGGAGUUUCAAUCAGUCGUCUCACCUCCACAGACACAAGCGAGUUCACACCGGAGAGAGGCCGUUCUCGUGCUCGCAGUGUGGGAAGAGCUUCAAUCAGUCGUCCAUCCUGAAGAGGCACCAAAAGCGAUUUCACACCGGGGAGAAGCCGUUCGCCUGCUCCGAGUGCGAACUGAGAUUUACUCAGUUAUCUGAGCUGCAGGCACACCAGCGGGUUCACAAGGGGGAGAGACCGUUUAUCUGCUCCGACUGCGGGAAGGGGUUCAUUCGGUCGUCUCAGCUGCUGACGCACCAGCGGGUUCACACUGGGGACAGGCCGUACACCUGCUCUGAGUGCGGGAAGGGGUUCACCCGGCUGUCCCACCUACAGUCGCACGAGUUCAUUCACACCGGGGAGAGGCCAUUCUCCUGUUCGGUGUGCGGGAAGCGAUUCAUUCGAUCGUCUCACGUUCUGUCGCAUCAGCGAGUUCACAGAACGUAGAACAGCACAGCAGGCCAUUCGGCCCACCAUGUUGUGCCGAACCAGUUAAACAAAAAAAUCAAAAA